AUGUACCAACGAAGAAGAUUUAGUGUUCGUAGGUGAGUGAUUUUUCAUGAUUUAAUUCAAUUUGAGCCCGCAAAGUUUUUAAAUUCGACAAAUUUUGAUCAUUUACCCGUAAACUGAUAUCUGAAGCCAAAAUUUUGUCACCCAAUACUCGUUAUAAUCUUAUUUCUAUAGUCACGAUCUCCAUUGUUUGUCUUCUAGUAUAACUAAGAGUAAAAUUACUGUGAUGAUGCGGAUAUCAAUGUGAUAACAUUACUUCCGUGUCAGUCUUCUGAAGCCACCAGAUCGCACUUUUGACUUCUGCCGCGAUGUGCGCAAGCGACGGUGUGAACGUCGAGAACAUUCUUGCAUGCAUAAUCAGAGUAUCAUCUGUCGAGUUCUGGUUGGCUAUGGGUCGCUGGGACGGUGUGGAAUGGUAGAGUAGGCCAUUGAGGUAAUCGGUGUUUGGUUUCAACUAUAUUUUUUGAACUACAGUAGACUAAAGAAGUGCUUAGAGGUGGCAAACAUGGACACUUCACUUUACAAGUGCAUACCUAUCUUUAGUUAUGUAUGUGGGAUUUCAUACAAGUGGAGUUCCAAAGAAGCUUUAACUGGCGGUGUCUUAUUCGCAUAGAUAUUGCCAAAAAAACGUUUUGUUCCUUUAACCUUUCAUACUCUCUCCUCGGCAAAGAUCCUUAGAAUGUGGCCCUGCCAAGCGCAUGCUAUGGCUGAUCGUACAAUUCAGCAUUCGUGAAGGCGGCUGAAUUACUUGAAAUAUUUUUAGUUUUUGUUGAAUAACAUCUGUUGUGCUGACUAUCAUAGAUAGUUAGAGAUUUAUUUUGCAAAGAUUCUAAAUUUGUUUUGGUUUACAUUUCAAAUUGAUAAAGACCGACUUAUUUACCACAUGCUGCUCCAACGUGAAGGAUCAAAUGAUAGGAGAACUUUCUGGCGUGCCAUUUGCAAGAAAUUAUAAACAAAUGAGCUAAAAGCUGCAGAAAAUGGCCAUAAAACCAUGGGCACCGUUGAUUUUUCCAUAAAAAAAAAACAAAAUAUCGUUUUAGAAACGGAACCCGUCGUUGGAAAUACGCUAAAGAUGGGGACGAUGCAAAAGCGGCGGCAGAAAGGAUCCCAAUGUCUGUGAAAAUCGAGGCCACAACUUUUAACGAAGAUAAGCAGAAGCAGGCUGUGGAAAUCGCCAAUCAUGCCCUGGAUAUAUGCUGUUCGGAAAGCGAAAUUGCCUCCUUCAUCAAGACGAGAUUUGAUGACAUUACGGGUAAGGAACAGUAGCCUUAGAAAUAAAAUUUUCUGAACAAAUACUUGAAAAGAAACAAAAAGCACGAUAAUUUCGAUAUAUCAUGAAUUUGGUUUGUAUACGAUGUUGGUACAUCCAAUUCAUUUUUAUGGAAUUUAUAACCUUCAGACAGAUGUCAUCAUGUCAUUGUUGGCCGAAAUUUUGGCUCACACAUUAGUGCCGAGGAGUAUAUCAAGUUCCGGGCGACCAAAAUUAUCAUUCUCAUCUAUCAAUGUGGAUCAUUGGACUGA